AUGGGGUGCCUCCCCAUGGCCCAGCCGUGUCACACCCCUGAAGGCACCGCCGAGGUGUGCCCCAGUACACCCCCUGUGGCAGUGGAGCAGGAAGGGGCUGCCAGUCCCAACUUGGCCAGAGGGCGGCCAACCUCUCAGUCCUCCACAUAUACGCACACUGAUGGGAUCUCUGGGAUAUCAGGCUAUGCGGUGGAUGGGAACUGUGACGGGCGGUGGAUAGCCCGCUCCUGCACUCAUACCAAUCUUGAGAACAAUCCGUGGUGGUCUGUGGACUUGGGCAGAGAAUACGCCAUCUCCCUCGUGGUGGUAAAAAUCCGGCAGGACUGCUGCGGAGACAGAAUCCAGGGGGCCACGAUCCACGUGGGAGACCACACGGGUGACUUUAGCAAAAGCAGCUUCACCUGUGGAACAAUCACAUACCUUGAGAACGGAUCCCUCAGUACCAUUCUCUGCAAUGGAGCCCUGGGCCGCUACAUAACCAUCGCCAUCCCUGGCCAGGUAGCCACCCUGUCUCCAGCUGAAGUGGAGGUCCACGGCAGCAACUCAGUAUGCCGGAGCUAG